ACGCCCACCAGACAUGUCGCUGAAGGUCAAACCGCCCUACCGCGCUGAACAGCUUGGCUCGCUCAAGCGUCCACAGUUCCUCCUUGAAAAGCGUGAGCAGUUCGACGCGGGCAAGUGUACUGCUGAGGAGCUGAAGACCGCGGAGGAUGAGGCCAUUCGUGGGAUCGUACAGAUGCAGCGCGAGGUCGGGAUCAAAAGCAUCACCGACGGCGAGUUCAGGAGACACAUGUUCUUCGAGGGCGUGUUCGACCAGAUGGAGGGCAUGAAGUUCAUCCCUGAGGUUCUUCUGCACAUGUUCAAGGACUACGUCCCAGACGUCGCCGGUUUCAAGAAGCUCGCUUUCAAGAAUGCACCUUCAUACGUCUGCGAGAGCAAGCUGCGCCGCACGAAGCCGUUCUACCUCGCGCAGUUCGAGGCGCUCAAGGCGCUGACCUCGCCCGCGGAGCACAAGAACCUGAAGCUCACCGUCUGCGCGCCCGAGUGGUAUCACCUCCGCCACGGCGAGUAUGCAUACCCAAAGGACGUCUACGCGAACGACGACGCGUACUUUGCCGAUAUUGCUGUCGCGUACCGCGCAGAGUUUGCCGAGCUUUACGCCGCAGGCUGCCGCCACAUCCAGAUCGACGACCCGCUGCUCGCGUACUUCUGCGCCGAUUCGAUGAUCACGGGCAUGCAGGAGGUGGGGCUCGACCCCGACGCGGUGUUGGAUACGUAUAUCCGGGCGUACAAUGCUUGUCUCGAGGGCAGGCCCGCCGACCUCGUCGUUGGCCUCCACCUCUGCCGAGGGAACUUCAAGGACGGCAUGCACUUCUCCGAGGGCGGCUACGAUCGCAUCGCAAUUAAACUUUUCCAACAGAUCAACGUCGACACGUACUACCUCGAGUACGACACCCCGCGUGCAGGCACGUUCGAACCCCUGAAGUUCCUGCCGAAGCACAAGUCAGUCAUCCUCGGCCUCGUCUCGUCCAAGCUGCCCGAGCUCGAGGACAAGGAGCUACUCAAGCGCAAGGUGCAUGAUGCCGCCGCAAUCAUCGCGAGUGGCCCCGAACGGCGCACGGUCGAGGAGGCGCUGCACCAGAUCUGUAUCAGCCCACAGUGUGGGUUCGCAUCGCACUCGGAGGGGAACAAGGUCUCGUCGGAUGACAUGAUCAAGAAGCUCACACUCGUUGUCGAGACCUCAAAGGAGCUCUGGGCAGAUGCGUGAACCCUUAGGCGCCUGCGUGCUGACGAUCCCUCAAAUAACCUACUUUCUCGUCUUUCCUAAGCCCUUGUAUUUAAAACGCUGCUCAACGCAGCUUGUACAUUAAGAAUUGAACCUGCUGUCU